CAGACCUGUCAAGCAAAAUGGCAGACAAAGAGAACUGGGCUUUGGCAAUAACAGUUUUUUUAACCAGCUUGUUGGUGGGCCAGGCAGACAUGUUCACAGAAGCAACUGUUGGCAAGCUGUUUGUCUACGAGUUACAGAGAGAAGGUUACCAGCGGGAAUUUGAGCCGUUUCAUAAAGUUUAUGACCGCGACUUUAAUGAUCCCUUGGUGUUUAAAUGCAACAAAGAGAGAUUUCCAGAUCUGCCCCGGUGGCUCCGCUUUACCCAGAGGGACCCCUAUAGUAAUGGCUUUCUUUAUGGUACACCAUUGCCAGAGGACCAGGGCAGAAACAUUAUACAGAUUUUUGUGUCAAACAGAAGAAGCUAUGAUGACGUGAUUAAAGAGAGGCUGGUAAUAAACGUGGUUCAUGCAGGAAGGCAACAUCCAUACCAGGCUGAGUUCUUCUUAGAGCUGAGAAAUAUUGAGAAUGUGCUGCCCCUUGAUGCUCGAGAUGAAAUUAUAAAAGACACCAAGACACUCUGGGACACAGAGGUUCUGGAAUUUGUAAACAUUACAUCUGCUCUGGACAGAGGCGGUCGGGUUCCACUUCCUCUUCCAGGAUAUUUUGAGGGCGUGUAUGUUAAACUGGGUUCAGACAAGUCUUUUUCUGAAUGCAUGCUGAAAACUGUGACGCCGGAGCAUGAGAGACAGUGUGCAGCUGGAGGCAAGAUGCCCGGAGAGUGCAAGAUAUGCUUCAAUCCGAUCAACUGCAUAACCUGGUGCAAAACUGUCCUGUUUGAUCUGUCCAAGCCAAUUCCACCUGCUCGGGUCCCUACUGUGGGUUCAGGCAUCCUUGAGUGGGGGGGAGAGUUCAACCCUCCAGAUUCUCCACCUGAAAGAGACUUCUUCCCCGAUUACAUCAUCACCAUCAUCAUUCCCUUUAUCAUAGCUGUGAUCCUCUGUCUCAUCCUGGCAUAUGUCAUGUGCUGCAGGAGAGAAGGAGUUGUAAAACGAAACACCACGACCCCCGAUGUCCAGUUGUAUCAUCACCAUACCAUCCAGGGUAACUUCAAUGAAUUGCGGAGAAUGGCUGGACGUGAUAGGUCCACUAUGGAUCGCCCUCGUCAGUGCUUACAGCCCCUCAUCAUGUCAGAGCAGACAAUGGCAGGACGCUGAGUUGACAUCUGACACUUUUCUAGGCAGGUCAAACAAUAGCCUGAAGAGACUUUUCUUUGUUUUGAGGUUCACAAUUAUGUGUUGCUUUGUGUGCUUAUGGAGACCUGUGUGUGCCUUUUUUCAUUAUGCACACAUGUUGCUCCAAACCUGUAUGCUUUUCUUAUUUGUGUGGAAGACAAAAGAGAACACUUUUUGUCAAUAUGUUUUCUUGCUGUGUUAUAAAUCGUAAUGAUAUAUCAGCUCAACAGGACUACGAAAGUGAAUUUCGGUUUGGGUUCUCAUAAUAAAAAUGUGGAUGUUUGUUGUCUAUGCAA